AUGUCCAGCAAGAUUGAUGCCAAGGAAAACGUCCGUUUCCUCGUUUCAUGCAUCGGCCAUAGCAGCAAUGGAAAGAUCAACUUUGAUCUCGUUGCCAAGGAGUGCGAAAUCGUCUCCAGGGGCGCUGCAGCCAAGCGAUAUGAGCGUCUUCUCAAGUCCUUUGAUGUCGUGCCCGGCGGCAAGCCAACCACCACCACCACCACCACCGACGCUCCCGACGUCGAUGAGGAGCCCGCCAAGCCCGCGGCCAACAAGCGCAAGGCACGCGCUGCCCCUUCUGCGCGCAAGGCACCUGCCGUGAAGAAGGCCAAGGUCGCCGCCCCAUCCCGUAGCAAGAAGACCAAGGCCACGGUCAAGGAGGAAGACGAGGCAGAGCCGGAUAUCAAGGCCGAGUCCGAGUCUUCCCUUUCCGAUGCCCCGGAGGAACUGAAUGGCAAUGCCAACGCCGGGGAAGAAGAUGAAGUCUAA